GCCACCGCUUUGGCCAGCGAGCGCCGCCGUCAUUCUAGCGGCAGCAGCAGUAGCGGCGCGAGCGUGAGGGCGGGGGGAGCGAGCGGCACGAGUCUCGCGCUCGGGGAGCAGCAGCCGUUAAACCGCCGCCUCGCGCGCCAGCCAGCCUCGGCCAAUCGCCUUCCUCCGUCCGUCCGCCCGCCUCGCGCCCUGCUCUUCCCGAUCCUUGCCUUCUCCUCUCGUCUUCUCUUCAGCGUAAGAAAGGCCCCCCCCCCAAAACCACCCCCCUCUCCCCGCAGCCGCCCCGAAAGCGAAGAAGAUGGUGGACCGCGAGCAGCUGGUGCAGAAAGCCCGGCUGGCCGAGCAAGCCGAGAGAUACGACGACAUGGCGGCCGCCAUGAAGAACGUGACUGAGCUGAACGAGCCACUGUCUAAUGAAGAGAGGAACCUGUUGUCGGUAGCCUACAAGAAUGUAGUCGGGGCAAGGAGGUCUUCUUGGCGAGUAAUUAGCAGCAUUGAGCAGAAGACUUCUGCUGAUGGCAAUGAGAAAAAGAUCGAGAUGGUCCGUGCGUACCGUGAGAAGAUUGAGAAGGAGUUGGAAGCUGUGUGCCAGGAUGUGCUGAGCCUCCUAGACAACUACCUGAUCAAGAACUGCAGCGAGACCCAGUAUGAGAGCAAAGUCUUCUACCUGAAGAUGAAAGGGGACUAUUACCGCUACCUGGCUGAAGUUGCCACUGGGGAGAAAAGGGCAACUGUUGUGGAAUCCUCCGAGAAGGCAUAUAGCGAAGCUCACGAGAUUAGCAAGGAACACAUGCAGCCAACUCACCCCAUCCGGCUUGGCUUGGCGCUUAACUACUCCGUUUUCUACUAUGAAAUCCAGAACGCCCCUGAGCAGGCAUGCCACCUGGCCAAGACAGCGUUUGAUGAUGCCAUUGCUGAGCUGGACACCCUCAACGAGGACUCCUACAAAGACUCAACGCUCAUCAUGCAGCUCCUCCGCGAUAACCUAACGCUCUGGACAAGUGAUCAGCAAGACGACGAUGGUGGUGAAGGCAACAACUAGACCCCUCUGAUGGACUGGCAGCCGCACGCUGAUGCUACUACUGCAGUCUUUAUUUUUUUUCCCACAGUUGGGGGGGAGGGGGUCAGGGGAGGGAGAGGGGAAAGGAGGGGAGACCUUCCAGGGAGGCUCCCCUGUAACCUGUCUUUGAUUGCCUCAUUGACACUUGCCAAAACACCACUAGUGGAAAGUCAGGUUGGCUGUGCUGGUAGGGAGUGGAAUGGCAGCCUCACAAUGGCAUAUGGACUGUUCUGUAGACUUCAUUCAAGGGGAGCUGUCUUUAAGUUAUCUUAAUUGCUAGAAAUACACGAAGUUGACAAUGACUAACUUGAAUGGAAUGGCCCUUGUUUUCUCUUUUUUUGGUUUGUUUGAAAAGCAGUUCUGUGGUUCCAGUAAGGAUUCCAUCCAUCUUUUUAGUUGAAAUGCCAUAUGCUUCUGUUCAGUACAGCUAUGUGUCUCCCCUCUUUUUAGCAACUGCCCCAAACUUUGGGGAACCCCUUCAUCAUGGCAUAAUUUUUAAAGGACCCCCAGGGCCCAAAUUAUAUGCCUUUGGGCUUUCUUGCCAAGAUGCUUUUAAAAUAGCUUGCAGUAUUAACACUAAAUUAUGGUUUACAGUAUUUCUAUAUGACAGCCAUAUUUGACAUCGAGCCAUUGAGUGUAAACUUUCCCUUGCCUGUUCUUUCCAGCUUGCCACCCUCCUCCAGUCCAGUCUGUGUGGAUGAUCUUACUCACCCUGUUUGGUUUUCCAGGUAGCAGAAUUUGCCUGAGAAACAUUCAUCUUGUUCCAAUUCUUUGCCAUUUUAAUGGGUGCUUGACAAGCGGCUGUGUAAAUUAUCCAAAAAGUCUGCAGCGUACAGAAUGCAGGAUUUUAAUUGGAGGGGCGAGAUGUUCAGACGUAAUGCCACUUAACUGAUGCCGAUUCAGGUCUGUGUUCCAUACUUUGUCUGGAAUUCUCAAGGUCAUCCCAGUUUGUUACUGGUUUCUAAAUAAAGGUGUCCUAGCCCCAGCCUCAGGGAUCAUGUGACCAUUUUGCUCAUGACCUGACUUUCUCCCGUUGUGCCAUGAGGUUUGUCAGGAGAUCUCUGAAGCCCCGCUGGGGCUCCUUCUUUUGUCUUUGCUAGAGCUGGAGUUCUGAUCUGUGGUAAAGGCUGCAGGAAGAGUGGAACAUUCUGCUAGAGAAAUCCACAAAGUUGAGAACUUGUUGCCAAUGGUUGGCUUGUGUGUGUGUGUUUCUUGUGAACCAAAAUCUUAGGCAUUCUGGAGCCUGUUCGUUCAUUUUUGAUCUCCGUUGCCUAAAAGAAAACAGUAUAGCUGAUCAGGUAGUAUUUUUGCCCCCCAUUUGGCUACUCCCCCCCCUCCCGGGAAGCAAAAUCAUGACUGACGGAAAUCCAUUGCUGUUUUCCUUCUUGAAUUUGAAGAAUUAUAUUUGAUCAUGUUGCCUUUAUUAAAAGCGCCACAGAAGGAAACUGCGCACUCAUGGCUACCAUUGUACAAACAUUUGUGGUCCUUGUGGGAAGAGAGCAUCUUGUGUCACACGGUGGUCCAGUUGGCUCGGCAAAGUUUGGAUGUGGUGAACCUGAGCAAUAGGGGACCUUUCCUUGGCGGUUUGCGGUCCUCAAGGCAGAGUUUAAAAUGGGUUGAUAUUGUGAAUGCUAGCAAGGCCCCACGAAUGCAUCCAGUGCAGAUACAUGUUUUAACUCCUUGUGCUCCGUUGCAGUGUGGUAGUUCGCACCCAGUGACUUUCCAUUGUGAGCCACCUGAGUAACGUGUAGUGCCAAUAGCCUGGCUUUUGUAUCCUGUUGGAUCCAGGAGGAAGAAGAGAGGCUUGCAGCUUAGGUAAUUGACUAAAGGGAAGAGUAAUGGACUGGAAAGGAUGCUCAGGCUCCUCUUUAAUUUGCAGUAAUGUCACGCGAGCCAUUCGUGUUCCUGGCUUUUAUCAUUUGGAAACGAUUUACUGGAAUUACAAAACCUUUCUUGAUUUCAGCUUUUUAGCUCUGGCUGCUGUAGGAAAACUUUAUGCAGGGGAAAAGAUCGCACAAGAGGGCUACCUAUGGAGUGGGCGGGCGGGGGGGUUGGGGGGGGGACUUGUGAGCAGCUUGAAUGGUUCCUUUCAUUUUUUUAAAGAAAUGCACUUGCCUAUGAUAACUGUCUCUCCAGUGAAAUGAAUAACUGCUCCAUUACUCUAUUGAUACAAUAUUGUGCAUGCUGGUGUUGUAUUUCUAUCAAGUAGCUUGAAAUUUAUUAACUUAUACUGUAGAUGUUAUGUAUUCCUAUGACAAUAGUCUUCAACAAUUUUUUAAAUUUUUUAAUUUAUUUUUUUUUCCUUUACGGGGGUAAAGUUUUGCUCUACCAAAUAGUGAUCGUAACAAAACUGAUCUGUUAUGGAUGUUGCUAUCGUGACAAGCAAUUCUAUAUGAUUUUGUUUUUUUAAAAAAGGAAAGCAAAAGAAAACACCAGUGUUAGCUUAAUCUUAAUGUCUGGUGUUCGUCAUGGUGAAAUUAUAACUAUUACAGUGUAGGAGAAAAAUGACUCUGUUCUUUGAAUGAGCCUUUGUUUGUGCUUUUCUGUCAUGUUAUGCAGUGAACUCUUUUUAAGGUCUAAUCAGUGAUUAUUUUUCCAACUCCGUGUUUCUGUAAGGAAUUAUUUCACACACGGACCAUUCUUAGCAGUUUUCCUCAGUGAUGGAAUAUCAUGAAUGUGAGUCAUUAUGUAGCCGUCGUACAUUGAGCAAAUAAACUUACAGAUCUGAUGUCA